AGGCGAGCAAUUGUUUCCGGUGAUAUCGAACCCAGUGCGGAAGAGACCAAAUGGUUUCUCAGUGACGAUGAGGAGAUAGAAUCCCCAGGAAAACUUAUAAAAUCUCCCAACGAAGGCGAUGCCAAUAACACUGCACUCGAUCGUGAUUUGCACAAGUCCAGCGGGAAAGGGAUUCCUGGAUUUUGGCUCACAGUUUUAAAACAUGCCCCGUUGAUUUGUGAUACUAUUCGUCCCGCGGAUAUCUCAGCUCUGAUGCAUUUGACCGAUAUUCGGUCUGUUCCUUUGGAGAUCAACGAUAAACUCGGGUUUCAACUGGAAUUCGAGUUUGAACCCAAUGAAUAUUUUACAAACAAGGUACUGACAAAACGUUACUAUUUGGGCUACGAAUUGCGUGAGGAUAACCCUUUAUCUUAUGAUGGUCCCGAAGUGAUCGCUUCAGAAGGGUGUACAAUCAACUGGAAACCUGACCGAGAUCUGACAACAAUCACCUCGUCCAAAGUGCAUCGUAAUCGUUUGAGUGGCGAACGUCAAACUGUGACCAGAUCGACCAAUACGGACUCAUUCUUUCAAUUUUUCGAUCCACCUCAACCAUGUAAGCGAUCCAAGCAAAAUUUAUUCCUUCACAUCACUCGAUUGUCUCAUCAGCGAGAUUUGCUGAACUGUGAGAAGCACGUGGUCAAGCAUUUCCGCCUGGGGAAAUUCCAUUUGGUCAUUCAGAUACUGCCUUUGUUAUAA